ACUAUUUCUUUACAACUUUACAUUGUUUUUCUAUUGUUGGCAAUUGCUCUUUGCAAUGUAUAUCAUCUAUUGAUUGAAUGUUUAAAAAAAGUAAAUGAUGUUAAAUCAUUUGCUUUUGCCUGCGUGUCGCACUCUUCGUCUUCAACUUAAGAAUAAAGAAUUUAUGCAAUACUUACCAUUUGAGAUUGUAAAUCGCCGUCAAAGCGAAAGUGGGCUUCGCAUUCGGAUCUAAAUCUUCAAUUUGUUGCCAUGGAUACUUCAAAUGAUUACGCCGACACUUCUGGUUAUAAUGAAUUGUUUCUCGCAGUCCACCAUGGAGACUUAAAUCUUGUUGAUUCUCUACUCGAGAAAUAUUCUUCGACGGAAACGAUACGUGGCCGGACAUUGCUGCAUGUGGCGGCUGCAAGAGGACAUGCAGCGAUUGCUAAACUAUUCAUCCCUAAGCGAGACGGAAUUAGAGAUACACCUCUGCAUCUGGCGAUUAGAGAAAACCAUCCUGAGGUAUUCAAACUUCUUUUAGAAGAGACUAACUUGAACGCAAAAAAUCUUCGGGAUGAAAGACCUCUUCACUAUGCAGUUUUGUUUAAUCGUCCUGAAUUCGUAAAAAAACUUAUAGAUAAUGGCGCGAUUAUUGAGGAAAAAAAUAAUGAGGGUAAAACACCUCUUUAUGUUUCAUUGGCGAAAGGAAACGUUCAAAUUGCCGAAAUUCUUUUUAAACAUGGUGCAGUUUUGAGUGAUAACGAUUUGACAUAUAUGGGACCUCUUCGUACAGCAGUUGCAAAUGGGAAUUUUGAAAUGGUAAAACUUCUCAUGAUGAACGGAUGCAGCACAGUCGAUAUUCCAACAUUCAGUGAUUCUCCUCUUAAACUUGCAGCAUCGUGUGGUCGUUUAGAAAUUCUAAAAUAUCUCAUGAAAAAUGGCGUAAAAAGCAGUGAAACGAUUAAUAAGGACGAACUCGGCUUGUUUGCAACAUGUAUAAAGUGUUUCAAUUUGAAUAUUAUUAAAUAUUUAGUGGACGUAGGUGUGAAGACUAACAUUAGAUUCGUGUCGAAAAUAAAUGCAAAUACGCAUUUUAGAGAGACACAGCUUCACUUCUCUAUUCGAACGGGUCAAUUGGAAACUGUCAAAGCAAUUGCAAACGAUCCGACAAACGAGUAUCAAUCGAACGCUUUCGCUAAAAAAUUAGCCGUCUACAUUGCUGUUGAAAGUGACAACGAUGAGAUAUUAGAAAUUCUUUUAAAAGCAGGUUAUCCUGUUGAUAGUUUGUUCGAAAUUACAAGUCCCCUUCACCUUGCAGCAACAUUCGAGCACACGAGAUUAGUGAAGCUUCUCCUAAAAGCUGGAGCUGACGUUAAUUUACAAACUGAGCACGGUCUCACUCCUUUACACUUCGCAGCAACUGCAGCGCAGCCAGCUGUAGUUAAGUUUCUCCUAGAAAAUGGUGCUGAUCCUUCGAAAACCUGUAAAUACAGAGGGUCACCACUAUCAAUGUCUUUCAACAUGUUUUCACGCUUAUUUCGUGGAAGGAGUAUUUCUGCUUUAACGUUUGAAAAAUUGGUAAAAGUAACAGAAAUUUUGAUUCCACGUUUGAAAAGUAAACAAUCUGAGGAGUUAUUUUCCGAUGCAGUUCAAAUAAGAGUGUCAACUAGUAAUAAAAAAAAUUAUUCAAAUUUGGAGUCAGAUGUGCUAAUCUUAGACGAUGAUAAUUUUGAAUUUCGGCCUCAAAUCGUUAGAUGCAUAUUUAAUUAUCUAAGUGAUGAAAAAAUUAAACGUCUUUCUGAGGAAGAAUUCAAUAGUGACUGUCCAUCAGGUCAUACACCAGAAUCGCUACAACUUUUGAUGGAAUAUAAUGACUCGAAAUCCUGUUUCGAUAUAGAAAUAAACGAUUACGAUGUAAAUUACAAGAGCAAAUUGCUUUUGAUAGGUUACUCUAAGAACAUUGCUGAUCUUUUGAGUAUUAAUGCGGAUUUUUUUUCGUCUAAUUUUGAUGAUGAAGAUAACAAAGAGGAUAUAACGGAUUGUUUUAAGUUGGUAGUAGCGCGAUUAAUAUUGUUGACCGAAGACUGUCAUCCAGGUGUGAUAGAAUUUUGUCAAAAGAACAAUCUCACUGAUUGGAGAGUAGAAUGUAUAAGGCAGAGAGAUAUUAUGCGAAAGACAAAAAUUGAUAUUGAUUUAAACGUCACUUUCUACGAUGUCUUAACCCGACCAGUUAAUAAACUGGCCAUGUACGCAAACAACAAGAAUUUUGUGAAGACAGUUGAUUAUUCUCAAGCAGAAUUUCCAGCGUAUGCUGAGUUUAUAAAAGCAAAUGUCGAACUGGCAGAAACUAGAAAAACAUUUAUAACCGAAUAUUACUAUCAAAGCUGCAGUAAAGUUCACAGGGAUUUAAUUCUUCAAUUUGUUGCCAUGGAUAUUUCGAAUGAUUACAACGAUACUUCUGGCUACAAUGAGUUGUUCCUCGCAGUCCACAAUGGAGACUUAAAUCUUGUUCACUCUCUACUCGAGAAAUAUUCGGCGACGGAAACGAUACGUGGCAGGACGUUGCUGCAUGUGGCGGCUGCAGGAGGACAUGCUGAGAUAGCUACACUGCUCACCACCAAGCGGGACGAAACAGGAAACACACCUCUGCACCUAGCGAUAAUGAGGAACCAACCUCAGGUUUUCAAUCUUCUUUUAGAGGAGACUAACUUGAACGCUAGAAAUCUUAAGGACGAAAGACCUCUUCACUAUGCAGCUUUGUAUAAUCACUCUGAAUUUGCAAAGACACUUCUAGAUAAUGGCGCCUCUAUUGAGGUAAAAGAUAAAGAGGGAAAAACGCCACUUUAUGUUGCAUUGGCCAAAGGAAACGUUCAAAUGUCAGAAAUCCUUUUUAAACACGGUGCAGUUUUGACUGACAACGAUUUGAUAUACAUGGGACCUCUUCGUAACGCAGUUAGGAGAGGAAAUUUCGAAAUGGUAAAGCUGCUCAUGGCGAACGGAUGUCGCACAGUCGAUAUUCCAACGUUUGAUGGUUCUGCUCUUAAAUUCGCAGUAUCGUGUGGUCAUUUGAACAUUUUGCAAUAUCUCAUAAAGAAUGGCGAGAAAAGUAGUGAAACGAUUAAUAAAGAUGAACUCCACUUGUUUAAAACAAGUAUACAGAUGAAGCGCUUAGAUAUUUUGAAAUAUUUAGUAGACAUAGGUUUGAAGACAAAAACAGUGAGUAAUACAUUUUUUGACAUAAUUAAGCAUCGACGCUAUGAAACUUGGGAAUAUUUAUUAAAACAUCUAUCGAAAAUUAAUGCAACAACGUAUUUUAGAGAGAAGCAGCUUCAUUUUUCAGUGCGAAUGAACCAAGUGGAAACUAUUAAAGCAACUGUUAAGGAACUUAAAAUACCACUGUAUCAAUUCAUUCCUUUCAAUAGAAAAUUGGCCGUUUACAUUGCUGCCGAAACUGGGAAUGAAGAAAUAUUAGAAAUACUUUUAAACGCUGGUUAUCCCAUUGACAGUGUUUUUAAAUUCAUAACUCCUCUCCACGUUGCAGCUACUUUUGAGCACCCGAGAUUAGUAAAAUUACUUCUGAAAGCAGGAGCUGAUGUUAAUCUGCAAACUGAAGAUGGUCUCACUCCACUACAUUUUGCAGCAAUGUCGGUGCAACCAGCUGUCGUGAAAUUCCUCCUAGAAAAUGGUGCUGAUUCUUGUAAAACCUGUGGUUGCUAUAAAGAACCACCAUUUGGAUCAGCUGUAGCCAUGUUUGGGACAAAUUUAUCUUCUAGAAGCAUUCCUGUUGUUAUGUUUGAGAGACUGAUAAAAAUUACGAAAAUGUUAACUACCUCUACGAAUGUUGAAGAAAUCGAUAGGUUAUAUUUAGCGGCAGUUACAAUAAGGGUGCUAAACAUCAACAAUUUAAAUCAAGAGACAAAUAAAGUAACAUGGGCCGAUUAUUCUGAAUUUCGUCCUGAAAUUAUUAAAUGUAUGUCUAGUUAUAUAAGUGAUGAAUCAUUGAAAAUUAAUUGUGAGAUGGUCUUUAAUGAGUCUCCAUCAGGUCUUACGCCAGAAUUGAUGCAACUUAUGAUGGAUUAUGAUGAUUCAAAAUCAUGUUGUACUAUCGAAAUAAACGAUCCGGAUGUAAGUUAUAAAUGCAAAUUGCUUAUGAUUGGUUACUCUAAAAAUAUUGAUAAUCUUUUGAGUAUCAAUAAAGUUGAAGAUUUCAUAUUUGAUAUUGGUUACAAAUUCGUCAAAAAGGAUAGAACAGAAUUGGUAAACUUGAUUGUAGCGCGUUUGGUAUUGUUGACCGAAGACGGUCAUCCUGGUGUCUUGAAAUAUUGUCUGGACAAUGAUGUCAAUGCUUUGCUAGAGAAGUGCUUGAAAGAGAAGGUGGACAUGCAAAAGGCGAAAGUUAAUGAAAAUAUGAUCGUUACUUUCUACGACGUAUUAACGAAAUCGACUAAUGAAGUUGCAAUGUACGCGAGCAACUGUGACUUUUUAAAAGCAAUCGAAUCUUCUGAUACAACAUUUCCGGUGUAUGCUGAUUUUUUAAAGACAAGUGUCGAAGUUGCAGAGAAAAGAAAAGAGUUCAUCAACGAGUGCACUACCUUAAUGUUUAUGGAGCAAUGCUUCCUUUUUGAGAUUGCAAAUCACCGCCAAAGUGACAGUAAACUACCUACGAAUCUAAACCUUUUGUUUGUUACAAUGGAUCAUACAAAUGAUUACAACGAUAGUUCUGGUUACGAUGAAUUGUUUCUCGCAGUCCACAAUGGAGAAUUGAAUCUUGUCCAUUCUCUGCUCGAGAAAUAUUCGGCGACGGAAACACUUCGUGGCAGGAAAUUGUUACAUGUGGCGGCUGCAAGAGGACAUUUAGAGAUAGUAAAACUGUUCAUCACUAACCGAGAUGGAAUUAGAAAUACACCUCUGCAUCUGGCGAUCAGGGAAAAUCACCCAGACGUAUUCAAUCUUCUUCUAGAGGAAAGUAACCUGAACGCAAAAAAUUCCUUUCACCAAAAUCCACUUCACUAUGCAGCCAUCUAUAAUCGCCCUGAAUUCGCAAAGGCACUGAUAGAUAAUGGCGCCAUUAUUAACGUAAAAGAUCAUUGUAGAAAAACGCCACUUGAUGUUGCAUUAUCGGAAGAAAACGUUCAAAUUGCCGAAAUUCUUUUUAAACAUGGUGCGGUUUUAAGUGACAGCGAUUUGACAUAUAUGUGGCCUCUUCGUGACGCAGUUAGGAAAGAAAAUUUUGAAAUGAUAAAGUUGCUCAUGAUGAAUGGAUGCAACAAAGUCGAUAUUCCAAAUGACGAUGGCAUUUUUUCUCGAUCUUCUCUCAAUCUUGCAAUAUCGUCUCGUCGUUUGGACAUUCUGAAAUUUCUCAUAGAAAAUGGGAUAAAAAAUAGUUCAACAGUCAAUAAGGAUGACUUAUGCUUAUUUAACAUAAUUACUAGAAUUGGAGGUGGUUGUGUAACUACUUUAAAAUGUUUAGUCGAUUUUGGUUUUAAGACGGAAGAGGCAGAUGUUAUAUUUUACAGACCAAUUAUUUGGCAUUUCCAUGAUAUAUGGCGAUAUAUAUUGACAUGUUUCUCAAAGAUUAAUGCAAGCACCUUUUUUAAAGAGAAGCAGCUUCAUUUUUCAAUUCGAAUGGGCCAAGUGGAAACUGUUAAAGCAAUCGUAAACGAAGCUUCAAAUGAAUAUAAAUUGAGCCGUUUCGACAAGAAAUUGGCCGUUUACAUUGCUGCUGAAAGUGGCAACGCUAAAAUAUUAGAAGUUCUUUUAAACGCCUCUUAUCCUAUUGAUAGUGUGUUUAGCAUUGGAAGUCCUUUGCACAUUGCAGCUACAGUCGAGGACACGAAAUUAGUGAAACUGCUCUUGGAAGCUGGAGCUGAUGUUAAUCUGCAAAAUGAGAAAGGUCUCACGCCAUUGCACUUUGCAGCAUGUGCAGGGCAACCAGCAGUAGUCAAAUGCCUCCUUGAAAAUGGUGCUGAUCCCUCCAUAGCCUGGAUGUUCAGCGGAGCACCAUUAGAAAUGGCUUUGAAGUUAUAUUCACCCUCGUUUUCUUGCAGACCUACUUCUCCAUUAGUGUUUGACGGUUUGGUAAAAGUGACGGAGUCGCUAAUUCGGUAUUUAGAACCUGAAGAGAUUAAAAGCUUAGUUCCAAAAGCAGUCGGAAUAAGAGUGCUAAGAAUCAAGAAUUCAAAUACAGAGUCAAAUGAACUAACAACAGGCGAUGGUGAUUCUGAAUUUCGUCCAGAAAUCGUCAGAUGCCUAUUUAAUUAUCUAAGUGAUGAAUUAGUUAUAUGUUCUUCUGACGGAGCUUUAGAUGAUGCGUAUCCACUGGGACAUACACCAGAAUUGUUGCACCUUCUGAUAGAAUAUAAUGAUUGCACCUCAUGUAUUGAUAUGAGAGUGAGGGAUCGGGAGAACAAUUACAAGUGCCAAUUGCUCCUAACUGGUUACUCUAGAAGCAUUGAGGAACUUUUAAAUACUGCAGAGUCAAUUAUCUGGAGUAAGAAUAAUGAUGACUACGAAAAAGCUGACAUGGAGGGUUUAAUAGUUUUUCUAAAAUUGAUAGUAGCGAGACUAGUAUUAUUAACUACAAAACAUUAUCUACCUUUGAUUAAAUUUUGUUUAAAGAAUGAUUUUAAUGAUUGGCGAGAGAAGUGUUUAAAGGAGAAAAGGGUCAUGCAAAGGACGAGAGUUAAUAAAAAUCUGAACAUCACAUUCUAUGGUGUUUCAUUGAAAUCAGUUAAUGAUCUUCUAAUGUAUGCAAGCAACAAAGAAUUUCUGAAAGCAUUUAAAUCUUGUCAAGUACAAUUUCCGGUAUAUGCUGAUUUUUUAAAGGCAAACGUCGAAAUGGCAGAAAAAAGAAGAAAUUUCGUCAACGAGUGCUCCAAAUUAAUGUAUCGCGUGGUUAAAAAAUGUUACAAAAUUCAAAUUUCUAGUUCUGAUAUCUGUCAUAUUUUCCAUUAUCUGUCAAUUGUAGAUUUGCGAAGAUUUUCAGCAGCUUUCCACAAUGGAGACUUAAACCUUGUUCAUUCUCUGCUAAAAAAGUAUUCGGCGACGGAAACAAUUCGUGGCAGGACAUUGCUGCAUGUGGCGACUGCAAGAGGACAUGCAGAGAUCGCAAAACUGUUCAUCACUAACCGAGACGGAAGAGAAAAUACACCUCUGCAUUUGGCGAUAAGCGAAAACCAGCCUGAGUUAUUCAAUCUUCUUUUAAAAGAUAGUAACUUGAACGCAAGAAAUCUCAAUGGUGAAAGACCACUUCACUAUGCAGCUUUGUUUAAUCGUUCUGAAUUUGCAAAAAAUCUUAUAGAUAAUGGCGCGAUUAUUGAAGAAAAAGAUAGUGAGGGUAAAACACCUUUUUAUGUUGCAAUGGCGAAAGGAAGCGUUCAAAUUGCCGAAAUUCUUUUUAAACAUGGUGCGGUUUUAAGUGACUACGAUUUGAAAAAUAUGGCACCUCUUUGUAACGCAGUUGAGGAAGGAAAUUUUGAAAUGGUAAAACUGCUUAUGGUGAACGGAUGUAACACAGUCGACAUUCCAAGUAAAUAUGGUUCUUCUCUUUACCAUGCAGUAUCAUCUGGUCAUUUGGAAAUUCUAAAAUAUCUCAUGAAAAAUGGCUUGAAAAGUAGUUCAACAGUUAAUUAUGAUAAAGAAGGCUUAUUUAAUUCAAGUAUUUCAAAAGGCAAUUUAGUUACUUUUAAAUAUUUAAUCGAUAUUGGCAUUAAGACACAAAAAUUAUAUAAUAUUUUUAAUAGAAUAAUUAUUAGGGGUCAUCAUGAAAUGUGGAAAUAUUUAUUAACAAGUUUGUCGAAAAUUAGUGCAAAAACGUAUUUUAAAGAGAAGCAGCUUCAUUUGGCUAUUCGAAUGGGCCAAUUAGAAACUGUCGAGGCUAUUGUAAAUGAACCAUCAAACGAAUAUGAAUCGGACAGUUUCGCCAGAAAAUUAGCCGUUUACAUUGCCGUUGAAAGUGGCAGUGAAGAAAUAUUAGAAAUUCUUCUAAACGCUCGUUAUCCCAUUGCCACUCUGUUUAAAUUUAUAAGUCCCCUUCACCUUGCAGCAACAUUCGAGCACCCGAAACUAGUGAAACUGCUAUUGAAAGCCGGAGUUGAUGUUAAUUUGCAAACUGAUUAUGGCCUCACCCCAUUACAUUUCGCAGCAAUUUCAGCGCAGCCAGCUGUAGUUAAGUUUCUUCUUAAAAAAGGUGCUGAUCCCUUUAAAAUCUCCCAAUGCAGUCAAUCACCGUUAAAAAUGGCCAUAAAGAUAUUUUCUCCGUUUUGUGAUCCUGUACCUGUUUCUGCAUUAGCAUUUGAGAGAUUGGUCAAAAUAACGAAGAUGUUAAUUCGAUAUUCAAAAUCGGAAGCUAUUGAAAGUUUACUUUCACCUGCAGUUAGAAUAAGGGUUUUAUCAAGUAUCAAUGAUUCAAAUUCAAAGUCUGAUGGACUACUAUCUGACGUAGGAAAUUCCGUAUUUCGUCCUGAAAUUGUUGAAUGCAUAUUUAAUUAUCUAAAGAAAGAAAAAAUUAAAUGUUGUUCUGAGUCAGUUCUAAAUGAUGAUAAUGAUCCAUCUGAAUAUACACCAGAGUUGCUACAACUUAUGAUGGAAUACAAUGAUACGAAAUCUUGUUUCAAUAUAGAAAUAAACGUUUCCGAUAGAAAUUACAAGUGCCAAUUACUCAUAACUGGUUACUCUAAAAACGUUAAAGAUAUUUUAAGUAUCACUAUCGAAGCUACAGUAAAGUCUAUAAUGGAUUUAAUUCUUAAAUUCGUUGCCAUGGAUCGUUCGAAUGAUUACAACGAUACUUCGGACUACAAUGAAUUAUUUCUCGCAGUCCACCAUGGAGACUUAAAUCUUGUUCAUUCUCUACUCGAGAAAUAUUCGGCGACGGAAACAAUUCGUGGCAGGACAUUGCUGCAUGUGGCGGCUGCAGGAGGACAUGCAGAAAUAGCAAAGACACUUUUAGGUAAUGGAGCCACUAUUGGGGUAAAAGAUAUUAAGGGCAAUACACCGCUCGAUGUUUCAUUGGAGAAAGGAAACGUUCAAAUGGCCGAAAUUCUUUUUCAACAUGGCGCUGUUUUAAGUGACAACGAUUUAACUAAUAUGAAACCUCUUCGUAACGCAGUUGAGGAAGGAAAUUUUGAAAUGGUAAAACUGCUUAUGGUGAAUGGAUGUAACAAAGUCGAUAUUCCAAAUGAUGAUCGCAGUUAUUUGGAAUCUUCUCUUGAACUUGCAGUAUCGUCCGAUCGUGUGGACAUUCUAGAAUAUCUCAUGAAGAAUGGCGUCAAAAACAGCUCGACAGUUAAUGAAGAUGAACUACGCUUAUUUAGAUCACAUAUUUUGAAAGGCAGUUUAGAUACUAUAAAAUGUUUAGUCAAUAUUGGUAUUAAAGUACAAAAUUUAGGUGAUGUAUUUGAUGCUACAAUUAAUUUGGGUCGUCAUUACAUGUGGAAAUAUUUAGUUACAAGGUUGUCGAAAAUUAGUGCAAAUAAUACGUGUUUUAAAGAAAAGCAGCUUCAUUUGGCUAUUCGAAUGGGACAACUGCAAACUGUUAAGGCAAUUGUAAAUGAACCAUCAAACGAAUAUGAAUCGGACACUUUCGCCAGAAAAUUAGCCGUUUACAUUGCUGUUGAAAGUGGCAGUGAAGAAAUAUUAGAGAUUCUUCUAAACGCUGGUUAUCCUGUUACUGACAGUCUGUUUAAUUGUAUAAGUCCCCUUCACCUCGCAGCAACAUUCGAACACCCGAGACUAGUGAAACUGCUAUUGGAAGCUGGAGCUGAUGUUAAUAUACAAACUGAAGAGUGUGGCCGUACACCAUUACAUUUCGCAGCAAUUGCAGCGCAGCCAGCUGUAGUUAAAUUUCUUCUAAAAAAUGGUGCUGAUCCCUCUAUAACCUCUAAACGCGGUGAAUCACCGUUAAAAACGGCUUUAGUGAUUUAUUCAGGUUGGAUAUAUGUAUCCAUACCUUUAACUCCUUUAGUGUUUGAUAGAUUGGUAAAAGUGACGGACAUGUUAAUCCAGUAUUGGAAUAGUGAAGCUAAUGAGGAUUUAUUUUUUUACGCACUUAGCAUAAGAGUUUUAAAUAUCAAUAAUUCAAAUCCAGAGUCAAAGGAAAUAAUAUCUGACCUAGGUGAUUCGGUAUUUCGUCCUGAAAUUGUUAGAUGCAUAUUUAAUUACCUAAGUGAAGAGGAAGUUAAAUGUUGUUGUGAAUCAGUUUUACUUGAAGAAGGAUAUUCAUCUCGUUACCCACCAGAGAUGUUACAACUUCUGAUGGAAUAUAGUAUUGAUGUGAAAUCGUGUUUUGAUAUAGAAAUAUAUACUUGCAUUAAAUAUAUCAAGCACCAAUUGCUGUUCAUUAGUUACUCGAAAAACGUUCGUAAUCUUUUAGACACAAUUUCAAAAACUAUGAAUGAUUACGAUCAACGUUACUACAAUGACGUAGAGAAAGAGAAUAUAAUAGAAUUAUUAAAAUUAUUAUUUUGUCGUUCAGUAUUGUUGAAUAGAAAUUGUGAUCUAACUGACUUUGAAGAAAGUGAAUUAAAUGAUCUUAUUGAUUGGCAAGAAAAUUGUAUACUGGAGAAGAUUGUCAUGCAAAGUACGAGAGUUAAUAAAAGUUUAAAUUUCACUUUCUAUGACGUAUUAACGAAAUCAAUGGAUAAAGUUGCAGGGUACACAAAUAAUGAAGAUUUUCUCACUGCAGUGAAAUCUACACAAAAAAUAUUUCCGAUAUAUGCUGAUUUUUUCAAGGCAAAUAUCGAAAUAGCAGAAAGGAGAAGAGAUUGCGUCGAUGAGUGCACGACGUUAAUGUAUCGUAUGGUUGAAAAAUGUUACAAAAUUCGAAUUUCUAAUUCUGAUAUUCGUCACAUUCUCCAGUAUCUCUCUAUUGUAGAUUUGCGAAAAUUUUCAGCCGCUUAUUUCCUCAAUUUCGAUGUCGAGAAUGUGACAAUGUCGUCGAUAGAAAUUCAGUCUUUGCAAAAUGCAUGCUUCUCUGGUGAUGAGUCGUCAGUAAGAAAUAUUCUUUCUCAAAACAAUUUUAAUGAUUACCUCGCAUCCUCUUCUGGUUAUUCACUGCUUUGUAGUAUGCUUAAAAAUGCUAUUUAUUCAUCACAACGUCGUGACGAAUUACAAGCAGAGGACGCAAUGUACAAACAACAUUUAGCCAAGUUCCUCGAAAUUUCAAAACUUCUUUUGCAACAUCCUGUGAAAGUAAAUAACGUAACUCAAGAUUACGAUCAGACUCCACUUCAUUUUGCGGUACAAAAUGGAAAUGUGGAAAUCGUGAAAAUUUUACUGGAAAAAGGAGCACUUAUUAAUGCAAGAAAUAAUGAGUUAGAUUCACCUCUACAUCUUGCUGUUUCAGAAAGAAACAAUCUUUCUGAAAGUGUUAUUAAACUUUUACUUGAAAAUGGGGCUGAUAUGAAAAUUUGUAAUCAGUUUUCUAAAACAUCUCAUGAUGUGUGUGUUAAUGCAAGUGUUAAACGUAUUUUAUCACAGCAUGAAAUAAAAAUGCUUCUUGAUAGUGGUGGGGAUAUUGAGGAAAAAGAUUUUAGUGGUUAUACAGCGUUACACAGAGCGGUGGAAGGUGAGAGUUAUGAUCUUGUGGAAUUUCUACUAUCGAGAGGAUCUGACGUGAAUGCUAAGACAGAGUUUGAUGAAACACCUCUACAUCUUGCUAGCCAAAUUCGUCAUAAAGAAAUUUCGCUUCUUCUUUUACGCGCAGGUGCAGACGUUAACGCUGUCACUGAUACAAAUGAUACUGCAUUACACUUGGUAGCCAAACAUUUAUCCGAUGAAGACGAUGCCGAAUUUCUAAAGAUGCUUGUAAAUAACGGUGCUGAUUUAACAGCUAUAAAUGAUGAUGGCCUGAUUCCUUUGAAUUACGCCAUUGAAAUUCUAGCUUUGACUGAAUCUACAAUUCUUCUGGGUGAAAAACCAGAUACUUGCGAUAUGACUCUAAAACUGGCUUUUUGCCUUUCCUUUCUGGGUUCCUAUUAUGAAACAUUACCUGAUCUUAAAAUUCCCAAAGACCGAAGUCAUAAAUGUAUAAGCCAGUUAAUUAGUGAAUUAUUUUAUAAUAAGGGUUUCAUUAUUAAUAUCGAAGACAUAAAAAAUAUGUCAAUUCCAGAGCAUUUGACAUUAGUCUCUCUAGAUCAUUCAACGCUGAUAGAACAUAGAAACAUUGUGCAAAGUCUUUUAAAUAAAGAAGAUACAUCCUGUGAUGAAAAAAUGAGGCAAGAAUUUCUUGAAUAUCAUAUAUUAAUAGGCGCCAUUAAGUACGGAUUUACGGAUAUUUUUUACAAUUUCUUACCGAAUGUUUGUAACGUAAAUACUUGUUUAAUUGAUGGUUUUACAUUACUGCAUCAUGCUUGUAGAGGAGGAUGCUCAAUUAUUGUCAAAGAACUUUUGGCACGUGGUGCUAAUGUGAAUGUAAAUAGAGGCAGAAAUAAAUUUUCACCCCUUCAUGUAUCAGUGAAAUACAGUUGCUUAGAAAUAACUAAAAUUUUACUAACUAAAAAUGCCAAUAUCAAUUCUUGCAGUAGGAAAAAUGAAACCCCACUUUGCAUCGCAGUUUAUAUCGAUAGUUUCGAAUGCAUUCAAUUACUUCUAGAAGCUGGCGCCAACGUUAAUUGUAUUAAUUUCGAAAACCACUCUCCACUUUACUAUGCUAGCGUUUCCAAUAAAGACAUGAAUAUUACAAAACUGCUUCUGCACUAUGGUGCCACUUACUGUCCUGGGGAAACAGAAAUUAUGUCUAAAUUUUCAAGAUCUCCGUUAGAAAACGAUGAAACGAUUGAUUUGGCAUCUGAUCACAGCGUAUAUUUAAACUUAGAUCGCAAUUAUCCUAAAUAUCCUAACGAACUUGAAGAAAUGAAAAAAACGAAAAUUAGUGAAACUGCUGUGACAAUGUACGAUCUCCUAACUAUGUCACAUAGACGACUUUCUAUUUUAAUGCGAAAUAACGAUUUUCUCGACUUUAUAAAUUCAUUUGAUUUUAAAACUUCAUUUCCGAAUUUUGCCCGUAGAUUUGAAGUCCGUCUGAAUAAAGCAAAACUUGAGAAGCGAUUAAUAGAAUUAAGUUACGACUGUUUUCGAAUUAUUGUAAAAUUUCAAUUACCCAUUCUCGUUUUAAACGAAAUUAUAUCGUACAUUGACACUGCAGAUUUACAUCGAUUUGUAAUCGCUUCACCAAUUAAAUCAGAAACGAAAAAAGCAGUGCAUUUCCAUUGUUCCGAAUAGAUUAAAAGUUUAAUUCACAUUUCUAAUUUUCGAAUCAAGAACAAUGCACUUAUUUCAAACAGUUUAUAUUUGAUGUAAUGUAAAAAAAUUUUGUAUCAGUUUAUGUACUGAAGUUUUUAUUUCAUGACAAUAUAUAGAUUUAAAAUAUUUAUUGUAAAUUGUAACAAACAUUAAAAUACAUAAAUAUCUUAAGUUAGAGUAAUAAAAAUGUAACCAAUGUACAAAUUAACUGGGUUAUUUGUACCUGAAAAGAUAAAGCAUGUAAAAAAGCAACGUGAAAUUUAACAAUUAUAAAUUAAAAAUUUUAGAAUAAAAAAAUUAAUAAAAAUAAAAAAAAUUUGUUAAAGUCGUUAAAUGAACUUAUUAUAUUUUCAAACAAUUGUCAUAAGUGUCCAAUAAAUUAUAACAUAAAAAAAUUUAAACAAUAUACAAUUAAAAGAUUUUUCAAUUUUGAUAAAUUAGAAAACAAAAAAAUUCAAUUAUUAAAGUUGUACAGAAUGUACUAAUUAAGAUCAAAGAAAUGUACAAUUAAAUAUGUCAUCAGUUAUUUAAAAUUGAAGUAUUGUACAAUUGAAAAAUUAAUCAGAACCUUCUGAAUGACAUAAAAAAAUUAAUAGUAAAUUAGUUUUAUAUUUAGUAUUUCUCUUCAUUAUUAUUGACCAAAUCUUUGAAUAAUAAUAGGACCAUAAUUUGUAUCUUGCAACAAGAGAAUCUUCUUCUCCUUCUGCAUUUCUGAAAUUUUACAAUUUUCGAACUUAUUUGAUUAUAAAUUUUUCUUAUUAUUUUGAAUAUCAUUUGAAUGUUAUAAAUAUAUUUAAAUAACACUGUAUGACAGGAAAUAAUUACUUUAAAUCGGACCUAUCCUAACGUGUUCAGUUUUUAGGAACUAAAAAAUUUUAUAAUCAGGGUUUCAGGAUUAAUAUCGAAGACAUAAAUAAUAAUAAAAAAUAUGUCUACUUUCUAUUUUAAUACGAAAUGAAAAAUUUCUCGACUUUUUAAAUUCAUUUAAUUUCAAAUCAUCAUUUCCGAAUUUUGCCCGUCGAUUUGAAGUGCGUGUAAAUAAAGCAGAACUUGAGAAGCGAUUAAUAGAAUUAAGUUUCGACUAUUUUCAAACUAUAGUAAAAUUUCAAUUACCCAUGUUUUGAA